AGAGUCAGUACGCAGAGAGGACUCCAGUCUGCUGGAGCACAGCACUGCUCGCUUUCUUGAGAGGAGAGAGGCAGAGCACCACGAGCCGUCUCCUCCUCCUCCGUCCGUGUGAGGCUGGUACACGCGUUGGCUGGUGGACACAGCAGCAGUGUUAGCAUUAGCAGGGGAUCUGGGCUCCAGCUUCCAAAAUGCUCAACAACCUCACCGAAUGUGAAGAGGGCGAUGGGGGACCCAACAGUCAGGGAGAUGCUACAUCCAAGGAGAGCAGCCCCUUUAUUAACAGUAGCACCAGUGACGUAGAGAAAAGCCAGCAGUAUGAUGGGAAAAACAUGGCCCUAUUUGAGGAGGAAAUGGACACCAGUCCAAUGGUGUCUUCUCUCCUGAGCAGCCUCGCCAACUACUCCAACCUGACACAGGGCAGUAAAGAGCAUGAAGAGCAAGAAAACAACGAGGAGGCGCGCAAGAAAACCGUGCAGGCUCCACGUAUGGGCACCAUCAUGGGCGUUUACCUGCCAUGUCUGCAGAACAUCCUGGGAGUGAUCCUGUUCCUCAGGAUGACCUGGUUGGUGGGCGUUGGAGGCGUUUUGGGAACCUUCACCAUAGUGUUCAUGUGCUGCUCCACGACUAUGCUGACUGCUAUCUCAAUGAGCGCCAUCGCCACCAAUGGAGUGGUGCCAGCUGGAGGUUCAUACUACAUGAUCUCUCGUUCACUGGGGCCGGAGUUCGGAGGGGCCGUUGGUAUAUGUUUCUAUCUGGGCACAACUUUUGCAGGAGCCAUGUACAUCUUGGGCUGCAUCGAAAUCCUGCUGAUUUACAUCGUGCCAGCUGCUGCCAUAUUCAAGAUGGAGGGUCUGGAGGGAGCAGAGGCCGAGGCGGCGCUGCUGAAUAACAUGCGUGUGUACGGUACCAUCGUGCUCUCCUUCAUGGCUCUAGUCGUCUUCGUCGGCGUGAAGUACGUCAACAAGUUGGCCCUCGUGUUCCUCGCCUGCGUCAUUCUCUCCAUUCUCGCCGUCUACGCCGGCGUCAUCAAGACCUCUUUUGACCCGCCUGACUUUCCGGUGUGCGUGCUCGGGAACCGAACUCUCGUGUCGAAGGGGUUUGACAUUUGUGCCAAGACCAUCGAGCGAGGCAACGCCACAGUCACCACCAGGCUUUGGAGGGCCUUCUGCGACUCUGAGUUCCUGAACGCCACCUGCGAUGAGUACUUCACCAACAACAACAUCACUCAGAUCCAGGGGAUCCCCGGGGUCACCAGUGGCAUCCUGGCAGAAAACCUCUUCAGCACCUUCAUGGAGAAAAAUUCGAUGUUAGAGAAGCGAGGUAUACCAGCAGUGCUCGACCCUGAAGCCCCGGAAACCAACUCUAACCGAUACGUCCUGGCUGAUAUCACCAGCUUCUUCACCCUGCUGGUUGGCAUCUACUUCCCCUCUGUCACCGGUAUCAUGGCUGGAUCGAACCGCUCUGGUGACCUGCAGGACGCUCAGAAGUCCAUCCCUAUCGGCACCAUCCUGGCCAUCACAACCACCUCCAUCAUCUACAUGUCUAGCGUGAUUCUGUUUGGGGCCUGUGUGGACGGAGUCGUUCUGAGGGACAAAUUUGGGGAAGGUGUCAACGGUAACUUGGUCAUUGGUACCCUGGCGUGGCCCUCUCCGUGGGUCAUUGUGUUCGGCUCCUUCUUCUCCACCUGCGGGGCCGGGCUUCAGAGUUUGACGGGAGCGCCCCGUCUCCUUCAGGCUAUCGCCCGAGACGGCAUCAUUCCUUUCCUCAGGGUGUUCGGUCAUGGCAAAGCUAACGGUGAACCCACCUGGGCUCUCCUGCUGACGGCCUGCAUCUGCGAGAGCGGCAUCCUCAUCGCCUCCCUGGACGCAGUCGCUCCCAUUCUGUCCAUGUUCUUCCUGAUGUGCUACAUGUUUGUAAAUCUGGCCUGUGCUCUGCAGACGCUCCUCAGGACCCCGAACUGGAGGCCCCGCUUUAAAUUCUACCAUUGGGCUCUGUCACUCUUGGGCAUGAGCUUGUGUCUUACUCUGAUGUUCCUCUGCUCCUGGUACUACGCUAUCGUUGCCAUGGUAAUCGCCGGCUGCAUCUACAAGUACAUCGAAUUCUGCGGGGCAGAGAAAGAGUGGGGCGAUGGGAUCCGUGGCAUCUCUCUGAGCGCCGCCCGCUUUGCUCUGAUGAGGCUGGAGGAAGGUCCUCCUCACACUAAAAACUGGAGGCCCCAGAUUCUGGUGCUCAUGAGUCUGGAUGCGGAGCAGAACGUAGAGCAGCCUCGACUGCUGUCGCUGACCAAUCAGCUGAAAGCAGGCAAAGGCUUGACCAUCGUGGGAGCGUGUGUGGAGGGCACCUACUUAAACAACCAGCCACAGGCGCAGAAAGGAGACCAAUCCCUAAGGAAGCUGAUGGAGGUGGAGAAGGUGAAGGGAUUCAGUCAGGUCGUGAUCUCUUCUAACCUGCGGGAUGCCACCUCACACCUGAUCCAGGCUGGAGGUCUGGGCGGCCUCCGUCACAACACGGUCCUGGUCAGCUUCCCAAAGAACUGGAAACAGGCUGAGGAGCACCACCGCUGCAGGAACUUCAUUGAGGUUGUUAGAGAGACCACUGCUGCUCACUUGGCCUUGCUGGUGCCGAAGAACAUCUCUGCGUACCCAUCAAACGGAGAGCGCUUCACUGAAGGCCACAUCGACGUGUGGUGGAUCGUCCAUGAUGGGGGCAUGCUCAUGCUCCUUCCCUUCCUUCUGCGCCACCACAAGGUGUGGAGGAAGUGCAAGAUGCGUAUCUUCACUGUGGCUCAGAUGGACGACAACAGCAUUCAGAUGAAGAAAGACCUGAUGACUUUCCUCUAUCAUCUGCGGUUUGAUGCUGAGGUGGAGGUGGUUGAAAUGCAUGACAGCGACAUCUCGGCCUACACCUACGAAAAGACCCUGAUGAUGGAGCAGCGGUCACAGAUCCUGAAAGAGAUGCACCUGACCAAGAACGAGCGUGAGCGAGAGAUUCAGAGCAUCACAGACGUGUCCCGUGGCUCUAUACGGCGAAAGAACCCUUCAAACCUGCACCCCCAGAGGAGUAUCGCUGAGGAGUCUGUGGGAGGAGGCGGUGAAGAGAAGUCUGAGGAGGAGGUUCAGCUAAUUCAGGGAAAAAAUGCCACCCCCACCCCAACUAGCCCCACCUCCCCUACCGCCCUCACACCAGCGGCCAUGAGCCCCGGAGAGGAGAUGCAGAGGACCUGGACGGACGAUACGGAGAAGCCCAAUAACCCUGCGGUGGCCAACCCUGAAAGCAUAAAAGAUAUGUUCAACAUGAAACCGGAAUGGGAGAACCUGAACCAGUCCAACGUCAGACGCAUGCACCACGCACAGAAACUCAACGAAGUCAUCGUGAAGAAGUCACAAGAAGCUAAACUGGUCCUGCUAAACAUGCCUGGUCCACCUAAGAACCGCACUGGAGAAGAAAACUACAUGGAGUUCCUCGAGGUCUUGACCGAGGGUCUCAACAGGGUCCUCCUCGUGCGUGGAGGUGGACGUGAGGUCAUCACUAUCUACUCUUGAGGGGCUCAGCUCAACCACCAAAUAUUCCUCACCCCUCGUCCCCAACUGCAUAGGAACGUCCCAGUAACCCCAACCUACACCAUGAGCAAUAACGCCCCAGCACAUAUCAGAUGACUUUGCACUACAUAGUCUAAAAAGACACCAGCUUAGUAGAUGUCACUUCUUCCACACGAUUAAGUUUUAUCCCUCUAUCUAUCUUCCUCUUAUUGGCUCAGUUCUCACCUCAUAAACUCAACAGCUUAUGUCACACACAGAUCAGUAUAAAUGAUUGAGUUGGUCUUUUCUGACUAAUUUCCAAAAGCCCAUGUUCUCCAGUGGCACCUGACCAAAUACUCUGAUCCAGCUUCUUUUUAUUUCAUAUUAUGUAUCAUAAGAACACGUUUAGGGGACGGUCACACUAGAUUUUAAUCAUGCAAGACAACUUUAUUUUUGGUGGGCACUUUAAAACGGUCCAUUUUCCAAAGUCAAAAUGUGGCAUUUGUUUUGAUUCAUCCAGCAUACUUUAAAAGUUUGUUUUUAUCUAAAUUGUCUUUCACAAGUUUGGGGUUAGUGAGAUUUUGAAAUGUUUUUGAACGUUUAGCACGCUUAUCAAAGCAGCAUUUAUUUGACGGAGAAAAAAAUGCAGCAUUUUGAAGUAUAAGUACUAUUUCAAAUUUAACUGUCCGUUUCCUAUCAUUAUUAUCAAUGUAAAAAAAAAUAAACUGAUUUAAUAAGCAGCUUAAUAUUUUUUAUGGAAACCAGGAUAGUGUUUUAUCAGGAUAAUGUUUAUAUUUGUAAGAAAUUAUUAUGUUACUGUGUAUUUAUUGCGUUUUAUUGUGUUAGCUGUUUUUUAAAGUUAUUUUUUAUCCUAGUUGAAGUUUGAUUGAGAUAAAUUGGAAUGCACAAAAAAUAAAUAAAUAUAUAAUAUUUAUUAUAUAUUUAUAUAUUUAUUUUGGUAACAUUUGCUUAAUGUGCUUGCAAAAUAAAAGUUUCUUUAUUUUUUUUUAAAUCUCUCCAACCCCAAACCUUUGAAUGGUAGUGUAUAUAAAACAUGGCUGUUGAAAACCCCCCAAACUGAUCAUUAUAACAUUUUAUAGAUAUUCGAAUAGGCAGCUCAAAGUCCACCAGACUAUUAUUCUUCUGUUCCACUUCUGUGUUUGUGAAUGAAAGUAUGGAAGUGAAUGAAAGCCUAAAUCUAGUGUGACCUUCCCUUUACGCUUUAUGUUUUGUUCCUGUGCCGUCUCUCCAUUGUUUCAUUACCUGUCAUAGGGUAAAUAGAGUGGAAUCUUUCUUUGUUGAAAACAAGUCUUCCAGUGUACCACGUAAAUGUCCGAGGUGUGUUUUUACACCAAGGACGGAACUGACCAGGGUUUAAUGUGAGCCAGGUGUAAGCACUUCUGGAUCAAUGACUAUCAGCUUUGCCCUUGACCAUCUGCAUGUCCUCUGACUACAUCAGCCUUUCAAGAGUCAUAUAUACUGUACAAUAGGAGAGGGCUGGACCGUGAGUGUGCGCGCGCGCGUGUGUGUGUGUGUGUGUGUUUGCACAUGAGUGCAUUUAAAGGGGUUUUAUAAUACAGAAGAGGGUUUGAAGGCUGUGUUCCUUUCACAAAUAUGUGUUCACUUAAAAUAUCAUCAGCAGACAUGAAUUAUAUUGCUCGGUCACACACGUGUACAUACUGUGAAGAGAGUCUGAACAGAACCGCUGUAUAAUGAAAACUCGUAUACAGUUUCCAUCAAAAUAUAAUCCUGAAUAAUCUCAUUUAAUAGUAGAAUCACAUAUAUAUUAAGGGAAUGUAAAUAGAAAAGAAUUAGCAUUUAUAUUUCAAAUAUUUAUUUACAAAGAAAAUUAUUUAUUCAUCCAGCAAUUUCUGAUUGAUUGUAAACAUGGAAAAACAUGGUAUUUACGUCUCUUGCCAAAUCACUAAAUAUAAACCGUGCCAUAUGAGAAUAAAAAAUAAAAAAAAGCGAACAAAUUUUCAUAUACAAGAAACAGAUAGUGCUGGGUCACGACAUUAAAACAUAUCAUGCGUCUGAUGUUACCAGUUACUUUAUAAAGCAGAUGCAGUUUUAUCAUCCACCAAAUUGAAUUUGUGAACAAAAGCGUAUUUUAACUGCAUAGUAUUUUAAAAUCACGUCUGAUGUUUGUCAUGAAUGUUUGAAAUUUUCGUUUAUUUUUACAUUUGUAAAGACGACACUAAUUUGCUACAUUUAAGCAGCAUCUGUGAGCGACUGAUGCGGACUGUUCAAUUCACGAGCACGAGCAUAUCAUUUAGUUCAUGUGUGGUAGAAAUAGAAGAUAUUAAAAGACAUUUAUCUGAAGAACUAUUUUAUUUUUUUGUAAAAUUGCAACAAUGAAAAAAGGAAGUAUAUUAGAUUACUAAAUAGACUAGUAAAAUAUCGUCUUGUGUAACUGUGAACCUUUAAAAAAAGCGAAAUAGCUAACUGUAUGUUUUAAAAUUUCAAAAAUCUAAUUGUGCUGAGGUUGCUGCUACCGUCAUUCAAAUGUAAAUAGAUCGCACUCCCCCAAAACAUAAGACAAAAAAAAAAAACAAAUGCAAUAUUUAUCAUUUUUUGCAUUUAAAUCAAAAGUGUAUUACGUUCACACACCCAAAUUAGCUAUAAGUCAUUUUUCACGUGAUGUUUUACAGGGUUUCGAGUUUUACAACUCAAAAACAGGAAGUACUUUACCGGCAAACCGUCUCGGGCAGUUUGUCAAAAACGCCACCGACAGUCUCUCCUAAUACUAUUCAAGCAUACCUCAUACAUUAUCAUGUCAAAGUUCACACUUGUAGUAGAAAGGUAGUGCGUAAAGGUUGUGCUGUAUAAGUUCAUAGAAGUGAUAUUUAACUAAAUCGUUGUUUGCGAAAAGAAUUUGAAUCCUAGCGAAGUAAAUUUUCUUUAUCUGUAUUCUAGUUAUGCUCAGAACCAACCGAUCCUUUUUUUUUUUUUUUUUUUUUUUUUUUUUUUUUUUUUUUAGAUCCAAAACAGGAAAUGCGAAGUGCUACCUAUCCUAAAUCUUCCAAGUUAUGUUUCUAGCUAAAACGAUAAUCUUCUCUGAAAGGAACUUUUGCAUUGCUGUACGUUAGAAUUUACACAAAAGACCAGUUUUGGCUUGUUUGGAGUCCUAUGCAAUUACAGUUUAGUUCUUUGAGGGUCUAAAACUACUUUCUACUGAAUUGUUUAUAGUGGUACUAUUGAGUAUUAUAGAUUGAAAUCAGAGCUUCCGUAUCUGCCAGGGUGACUUGCGGUUCGAUGACAACUUUCCACAUUUAUUUAAAGUCAUGCAAAGGGAAACGUGCUGGGACAAUGUCGCGAUUAAGCCAUAUUGGCUGCGUGCUGUUGGAUACAGAGGUUUCACUCUGCGGCUGACGAUGACGAUGACGAUGAUGAUGAUGAAGACGUCCCAUUCAUCGUGAAGUAUAGAAUAUCUGAAUUGAAUUCACAUUGAUGUAAAGGGCUUUUCGAUAUCAUUUUAUCAGAUUCGUCUUAUCCUUCCCCAAGGCUGAAGGCAUAAAGAAGCAUCAUAAACCCUACGCUGUAUAGCGUGUCGUUCCUUAUCUCUCCCUUUGGAAGGGGCAGUAAACUCGAAAGUCACCCCAAAUUGGCCAAAGCGUAACUAGAAAUGAGCACUGUGAAAAUUCAAAGUUACUUUCUUUCUCACAUACUGUAUCUACAUUCAGUCACUUAUCUUUAUUUCAUGUCCUUGCUGUGGAGCACUGUUGUGGGAAACAUGAAGUUAACGUCUCUAGAUUGUGUUUAGAUGAAUCGUGAUGCUUUUUAUGCAACGCUGGCUCGUAAGAAUCCUGCGACAAUGGUAGUAGUGGACUAACAGGGCUUAUAAAUAACCAGCGAACUGAAUUUGAUAUCGCAGGUGUUUCAGAAGGUGCUAAUGAUAUUUGUAAGUGGUUGCUGAAGCGGCGUGUAUGAAAACGUUCAAGUGCAUUAUUGAGAACGCUGACUCGUGUGAAAUGAGCUAUUUAGCCAGACUUGAAGUUAAUCGAGGGUAAAGAAGGCGCCAUGGUUGAUUUGUUAUGUUGUAUUGGGAUAUACGCUGUAAAAAACAAAGGUAUUGGCAUCGGUGGUUCUGUGAAGAACCUUUAAAGUGAUUAUUUGCCCGAAACUGGAUGAAAAUUUACUGACAGACCAUUUAAGCUGUUGAUUAGUUUGUUCAGAACGUGUUUGGAGAAAUCUAGCAUUGCAUCGCUUGGCUAACAGUGAAUGCUCUGCAGUGAAUGGGUACCGUCAGAGUCCAAACAGCUGACAAAAACAUCAUAAUUCAUAAGUAAUCCACAAAACUCCAAUCCUUCAAUAACAUCUUCUAUUACUCUAAACCAUCACUUCUGCCCAAAAAUGUCAGCUUAUCCUUUUAUCGAAAAUCCACUGAUGUGUUUAAUUAGAACAGUUUUGAACUGUUUCUGCGUGCUCGAUCUGUGCAUGUUCCCCUCCUUUUCACUAAAGAAAGACGUUUUACAGAUAAAGCAUAUUUCAACAUAAAACAACAGUUUAAAGCAGACGGUUGUGAUCAGCUGUUUGGACUCUUAUUCCGACGGCACCCAUUCACUAUAGAGGAUCCAUUGGUAGUGAUUUAAUGUUUCUCCAAAUCUGUUUAAAUGAGAGAAUAAACUCAUCUGCAACUUGGAUAUUCUGAGUGUGAGUAAAUAUUCAACAAUUUCUGGAAAGAAGUUCUUUAUGUCAUUAAAUAUUUCCCUCACUUAUAAAAAAAAGGCUCUAAAUUUAGUUUAGGAGCCUAAAAUUGCUAUGAAAAUCACUUUUGGAACCAUUAUUUGUGAGAGCGAAUAAACCGAAGGUGCUGUUGCAGUUACUUUGCAUCGUUCGUUCAGUGCUCCUGAUUCCUGUUUCAGCAUGUUGGUGUUUUAAAUUCGCCAGGCCUCACCCGUUUCCAAUUUUAAGCAUUUGUUCUGAUUUUGUAAUGGCAAAGUACGUCGUCCGAUACUUCUGAGUUCUGAAACCUUCCCAGCAAUGCGUGCGAGAGCGUUUCUACACAGACGACAUUUCUACUUUCUCCAUAGGAGGGCAGUUUGACACUUUUUGUAUGGUAGUACGUGUAGAUCCAAAGACAGUGAUUUGAUUAGUGACGUGUUUUCUGUUUUCUGCUUCGGUUCUCACGAGGAGUCAAAACGGCGUGUGUGUCUGUGAGCGUGACUGUAACGGGGGAAAGAGGUGGCGUGUUUCUGUUUCUUUAUGUAUUUGACUGUGUGACAUAUCACUCUGUUGGAAAAAGAGAGGUUAAACCGUGGCAGUUACUUUUGUAAAUAUAUGACACAUUAUAGUUAUCUUAGCCUAGCUGUUUAAUUUGUGUGUCCAUGCAAGUUUAAUAUUUUAAAAAUAAAUAGAAAAUUGUGUCUCAAUUGUGUUAUAUGAAAAUAUAUUUAAACUAGAUAUCUUAAAAUAUUGUUUUAUCUUGUCAAAAGCUUCUAUGUUCUAUGAAUAAUGGUUUCUCUGGACCAUUUUAUAGACUUGUCUGCACAAAAUGCAAUAAAGUUCAAGUCAUUUAUUACAACUA